CAAAACACCGCACUUUUCACCACUCCGAAUCGCCCUCGACUCAGACCGACAAAUCCGAGGUGGGCCAAGGACCGGGGAUGGACCAAGAACCGGAGGAGGACGGAGGGGGGGUGUUCCGGGCAGGGCCCCAAACACCGGAGAAGGACGGGGAAGAGGUGUUCCCGGCAGUGCCCCUUCAUCGGCACCAAUCUUCGCUCCAAGACAUUUGGCCCGUCGAGAUUCCGGCUAUGGACGACAACACGCGUACCCAGGCUGGCGUCCGUAUGCGCCAUAUUCUCCAACACUGCGAGGUUGCCGCCGCAAACCAACCGCGGCAGGGCUACAACCGCCCUAUCCUUGUCCGGCUCACCCACGAUUAUGCGCGGUCAAAUGAUUCCAAGACCAUUUUCCUGUCGACCUUCUUCGAACAUCUGCAACUUCCUCUCACGGGUAGCAUCACCGAUUCGGAUGUCAAUCUCAGCGAUACAGAGGUGGAGGAGCGCCUUCGCAAAUCGGUGGAUGCUUUCGCAGACUACCUAAUGAACAACUUCUACGUGCCGCUAAAAGCCGUUGCGAACCGAACUCCCCAGUCGUCCCCUAUGACACAUUCCGCCCUCCAAAGGGCUCAAGGCUCUGCUCUUCCCGAACACGUCGUCGGUACUUCAACUCGCAUUUCGGCACUCCGCGGCGAAUGUCUCCUCCGCGAUCAGCACCGCUGUGUAAUUUCGCGCAAAUUCGACUUGAGAGAGGCCUCCAAACGUCAUAGGGACGAACCAGGAGAGGCCAAGGAUGACGACGAGGAACUCAUCAGGCUGGAUGACGUCGAGCCUUUGGAAGUUGCCCAUAUCCUUCCGCAUUCGCUGGUUGACGCUUCUGCAAACUCCCUGGUGGAUUCAACCAGAAAAACCACCUUGGACAUUUUGAACAUGUUCGAUGUGGGAAUUGUGCGCAUGAUUGAAGGCGUCGAAAUCGACCGGCCUUUCAACGCCAUCACUUUAUCAACAAAGCAUCAUCUCUACUUCGGCUCCUUUGAGAUCUUUUUCGAAGGUCCUCUUUCCAACCGACCCCCGCAUACGUAUCGCAUCGAUGCGUUUGAUAGCUUUAUCGGCGGAAUUUCUGGUUUGCCAGUUACGCGAACCCUCUCCCUUGCCAAAAACCGGAGUGUCGACCCGCCCUCGCCUCGUCUACUUGCUAUUCAUUGCGCGAUUGGGCACAUCCUACAUCUUUCGGGGGCGGGUGAGUAUAUUGACCGGAUUUGGCGCGAUGCUGAGGAAUACGGAGUGCGGCAAGACGGAUCGACGGAUAUCGGGACCCUCAUUGGUUGGAAACUGGGCGGAUGCGUUGACGUCCAGUCUUGACGGGCCGGCUUACCUCACCUGGGUGGGCGGCGGGAUCAGGGUGUAGGACGGCGAGCAGGAGGGCGACCAUGGUCUCGGCAUAUCUUCUUUAUCCUCCAUCACACCAUCACGGUUUCAAGGCGCCAGUUCAGAUCGUCGAAUUCGUUGCGCAAUUGACCACGAACACAUUUUCAAUUUUCUUCUUCGUCUUGGUCCCAAUCUCCCGUCCUCCCCGUGCUAAUCAGCGCGAUGGUCCAGCCAUACGCAUUCCUGGCGCCGAAACCGGGGCCAUCAAAGCCACCGACCGAGACGGGAUAGAGAUAAUCAAGGACCUGUGGUGUGGUGCUGUGCUGCCCGGGCAAUGCCAGCGGCAUUAUGCUUCCGGCAUCAUUUCCCGCUCCUCCACCGCCAUCCGGAAGAAUUCCAUGGUAACGGAAGUGUUUAGGGAAACGCAACUCUCGGUUCUCACUUCUGCCCGGCACAUCGGGCACCGGAGGAUUUCGUUUUCCUCGCUGGCGGCCGCAUGUAGCUGACGAAAGCAGUUGACCCCUAGGAUGUGCAUACAGGAAGACAGCACGACUCCCGCAGUCUCGAUGCUGGGGGGGUUGUUGGGCGGCGCCCGGCGGUAGCCAACCGGCAUCAGGCUGGGCAAGGUCAAGUCUGCCUCCAGACAGAUGGGACAGUACGGCUUUGGCAUGGGACCAGCCCGGUCCGACCGCAUCCAUCGCCGGAGGACGAGCAUGUUGCAUGUUUCGCUGUCUGCCUCGGCGUCGUCGUCGGGCAGCGGCGGCUCGGCAGCGGCAUCGUCGGCCGCGGCGUCGCCGUGCAGCGGCGGUUCGGCGGGGAGCGCCCGCCGGUACCGCUCGUGGAGGAUCCGCGACUCCUGGUU